AUGGGACAUGGGAGGAUUAUAACGGAGUUGACACUUUUCAUAACUUUUUUGGCUUCCGUACAGACAGAUAUCUGCCCCAGAGGAUACUGGGCUGCAGAUGUUCAGUCCUCCUCAACCCAGAAAGCCAUAAAUCAGUACAGCAGUGAUAGGAAAUAUUCCCUCCCUUAUGGACCAAUUGGCAACACGCCGAUUUGUCGCUUCUGUCCGCAAAUUAGUUGCUUCAUUAUGCGUCAGAUGACGGAGAAAAAGGAUUCCAGAAGAGAAUCAACCAUACGACGGCGCCCCAGACCCCAUCCGACUCAUUCACUGACUACUACGCCAAAGAUUUCGUCGCUGGAAGACCUGUUCACUGUAUUCGAUAACGCAACGUCAACGAAGUCACCGGAUACGCAUGAAGAGGCCAAUGUUAUGAUGUCUUGUGCUCCACUUUCGGACCUGCCAUACCCUGAUCAAAUAAUAACUUAUUUGGAUUGUGUACAGAUAGGCCAGAGGGACCUCUAUUACCUCUUUAUAUACACACCCACUAACAAGGAAAAAGAUGUCGUUCCGGUGGAUUGCAUUGAUCCAAAUUUCCUUAGCUGGAUUCCAAAGAGGGAAAAACUGAAGGGCAUUGAACUUGGUUUCCCAAUGAAACGACUCCCACCUGCCUUCUUCCGUUAUUAUCGUGACAUCAUGGAGGCAACUGAGCAAGUUUGCAUUGACUCUUCUGCGUUGACAAAUAAUGAAAUCGAUUCACAUGACUUACAGCGAUUUGAUGGAAAAGUUCUUACCCAGACAGUAUAUCGACACAGGGGACUGAAGCGCAGCGUCCUGCCGCCAAAACAACCUCCCAACACAGCAGAAACUGGAUACCAAAGCAGUGAAGAGGUUGAGGACUGCCCAGACCUGAUGCCAACAGGAUACGGACGGACAUUUAGCGACAAAGACUGUCGAUAUUCGGCUGCAGAUAUGCCAGUGAAUGAUACAGCUGUGCUAAAAGAGGACAUCGAAAGGAACUGCACCUGUCCACAGUGUACAUACCAGAAACCCGUGGUUCAGGUAACAAAACAAGAGCGCAAUCGACUUCCUGCGCCCAAAUACGUCACGACACUCUUGAACAUGGCCCUCCUAGCACUGGUGCUCCUCCUCAUCUUCGGCACGGUGCUCGGUUUCUGUUUGAACAACAAGGAUAAGGCCAUGAUCCUCUUCUUAACACGCACACGGAAGAGGAAGCGCGAAAUGGAGGAGGCGCUGGCUCGGGAGGCUGCGGAGAGGGCUGCGAAGGAGGCGGAAGAGCAGAAUCUGGUCAACUGGAAUCCUUUCCUCAACCGAUACGGCAUGAUGGCAGGAGGUAGUGCGAUGGGAGGCUUCGGACCCUUCUCAGCCCGCCUGCCAAUAGGGAACAUGGACAGCAUGGGCGGUGGGCAGUUCGGGUCUGCGCAACACCCAUCAACGGCAAAUCAAGAUGCACAAAAAGGAAGCGGACGUAAGAGACCUGGGCGCUGA